UAAAGAAGUGAAUAUAUUUGAGUUGAUUUUCUUUAUUGUUUUGAGGGAUUUUCUUUUCCAACUUAAAUGAAAUGUGAGAAAUAAGAGUGAUUGUUAGAUGAGGUGAUAUGAGAUGAGAGAGAGUAGAGAGCGUAUAUAUGCUAUGCUGCAAAACAAAACUUAUUAAUAAUCUCGGUGCUCAACCCUCUCUCUCUCUCUCUCUCUGAGUGUCCGGACUUGUAUUGUAUGUAAGUAAAUAUUAUGUAAUGUUGUAUAUAGGAAAAAGGCAAAAAGGGUCACUGUAUUGUUAACAGAAUCAGGCAGGAACAACAACUUGGAUUUAUACGGAGGAGUUUUCUCAACUCUCUUUCUUUCUUUGUUUCUGGUUCUUUCUGAUUAUCCUCUCUAAUCUUUAUCGCAGUGCUGGUUCCAUUCCAUAUUAAAGAAGAAAAUAUCAUCUAGAGAAGACUCAAGAGGGGCUUUCUUUCUUGAUUUUCAUCAGAGCAUUAACGUGUUUGUGGCAGAAUUGAGAGCUCAGCUUAAAGGGGGUCGUGGGUGUUUUCAGAUUUCAUUCAUAUGAUAUGAGGACCUCUUUUCAUCUGGUGGUACUUGUAUUAGUGUUACUCUUACUAGUGAGAGAGAGUGAUGGCAUUGGCAGAUCAGAAGAAGAAGAAAAGUGUGAAAAUGAAAAUGAAAUGAAAAAGAGGCCACACAGUGUGAGUAUCACAGAAUUUGGGGCAGUUGGAGAUGGAGUGACUCUCAACACAAAAGCAUUUCAGAACUCCAUUUUCUAUCUGAAUUCAUUCGCUGACAAAGGUGGAGCCAAGCUUUUUGUCCCUGCUGGACGCUGGUUGACAGGAAGCUUCGACCUCAUCAGUCAUCUUACUCUCUGGUUACACAAGGAUGCUGUCAUUCUUGCUUCCCCGAACUCUGAUGAUUGGCCAAUCACCGAUCCCCUACCAUCAUAUGGCCGAGGUAGGGAGUUGCCUGGUGCAAGGCAUCGGAGCCUCAUUUAUGGACGUAAUUUAACAGAUAUUAUCAUAACAGGCGACAAUGGGACGAUAGAUGGUCAAGGCAGCAUCUGGUGGGAUUGGUUUGACAACAAAACCCUGAAUUAUACGCGACCCCAUUUGGUCGAGUUCAUAAACUCAACCGGCAUUGUCAUCUCAAAUUUGACCUUCAUUAACUCACCCUUUUGGGCCAUUCACCCUGUAUAUUGCAGCCAAGUUACUGUCCGUAAUGUGAGAAUCCUUGCACCUCCUGAGUCACCAAACACAGACGGGAUUGAUCCAGACUCUAGUGACAAUGUUUGCAUCGAAGACUGCUAUAUCAGCACAGGCGACGAUCUGGUUGCCAUCAAAAGUGGGUGGGAUGAGUAUGGAAUUUCUUCUGGCCGUCCCAGCACCAACAUUAUCAUCCGCAGGCUUAUGGGAGAAUCCGGCAGAGCUGCAGGGAUCGCAAUUGGAAGCGAGAUGUCAGGAGGAGUUUCUGAAGUGCGCGUGGAAAACAUCCAAAUUUUCAAUUCUAGAACAGGUAUCAGAAUAAAGACGUCACCCGGAAGAGGGGGUUAUGUCAGAAAUAUCUAUGUAUCAGACAUGAAGAUGGUUAAUGUAGGCACAGCUAUAAGGUUCACCAGUCUGUAUGGAGAGCACCCAGAUGAGUUUUAUGACCCAACUGCUCUUCCUUUAAUAGAAAGAAUUACCAUUAAGGAUGUUGUAGGGGAAGACAUAAAAAUUGCAGGCGUACUAGAGGGUAUAGAAGGGGACACUUUUCUCAACAUUUGCUUGUCCAACAUUACUCUCAAUGGUAUCACCUCGAACAAGUCCCCGUGGAACUGCUCUUAUAUUCAGGGCUUUUCCGACUUAGUUUCCCCUGAAAUUUGUGAGCCCCUCAAGGAAAGAAUAUACCCUGAGCAUUACUCAGAUUGUUACCAUCUAUCCAAUCACCUGAGGACCUCUUCGAGUAAUCAAAACAGAGGCGCGUGGCUGUUCUCCUGGUAAAUUAACGACUUAAAAAAGUCACCAUCUUCUGUGAAUUUUUCCAGUUUCAAGUUGAACAUUUGAUUCUUUAACACGACGAACCACCACCAGUCGUAGCUGAAGAAUACUAUUGCCCGACAUGAAGUUGAGUGGAGUUUGUGAGUUUUCAGUUGCUAGUUUUAGUACUGAGAUAUGAUUGUUUCUUUUUUCUUUUUUUUCUUUUUUUUUGAAAUAAAUGUGAUUGUUUCUUGUAACUUGGUGUGCAGUGACAAAUAAUUGACUGAUAUAUCAAAAUUUUGGAAAUAGAAAUGAGUUCAUUAUGCUUUA